AUGGUUGAUGAUAAAUUGCAAGCUAUCAUCACUAAGUUAGAUGGUACCAAUUACUCUUAUUGGUCUCAUGUAAUGAAAAAUUUUAUAAUGGAUAAAGGCAUGUGGAACUAUAUGAUUGGUGUGACUAUUAGACCUACGGAAUCUCAAGAAACUGAGGCCGAUGUUGCUAAAUGGGAUAAGGAAAAUGCACAAAUUCUUACUUGGUUUCAUAAUUCAGUUCAAACUACCAAUGGUAUGAAUUUUUCCAAGUAUUCUACUUCUAAACAAUUACUUGAUAGUUAUACCAAGCAUCGGAAGAAGCAACAUCUUGUUGAAUUUCUUAUGGCCGUUCAUGAUCAAUUUGAGCCACUUCAAGGAGCUAUUCUUCAUUGGUCUCCCUUGCCUUCUAUGGAUGGUGUUGUUUGUGAGCUUAUUGUGGAAGAAACUUGGUUUAAGGUGGCUCAUGGUGCUCCUGCUUCCCAAUUAGUUUUUGCCACUCCUCCGUUCUUGCCGACCCCACCUUCUCCUUUAUUUCAGGUUAUUGGUAAGCCAAAGCCACGAGUUUCCAUGGAUGAGUGCAGCUUCUGUCGUCAGAAAGGCCAUUGGAAGCGUUCUAUGUUUGAGCAAUUUAAGUCUUUCAUGGUGGGUAAUCCAAAUAUUUCAUCCCAGGCCUUCAUUAUGACUACAACUCAGUUAGGUUUGUCUGGUUCAUCUCCUUCAGGUAAUAUCCACACUUCAUGGAUUUUUUAUUCUGGUUGUUCACAUCAUAUGACCCCUGUUGCAUCCCUCCUCAAUAAUUGUGUCUCCCCUUCUUCUUCUAUUACUAUUGCUACAGCUAAUGGUUCUUCUAUACCUGAUCGGGUAUCCAAGAGGCAGAUUGGGAUUGGAUGUAGAGUUGGAGAACUAUAUGUCUUGGAUAGCUUACAUGAUCGGGUAUCCAAGAGGCAGAUUGGGAUUGGAUGUAGAGUUGGAGAACUAUAUGUCUUGGAUAGCUUACAUUUUUCCACCACCAUUAAAGUUCUCCGUUUUGAUUUGGGGGCUGAGUAUUACUUGUUUGAGUUUGAGAAGUUUUUAGCUACUCAUGGCACUAUUCAUCAGUCUUCAUGUUCUGACACUCUUGCCCAAAAUGGUCGAGCUGAGCGCAAGCAUCGCCAUCUCCUUGAUACAGCUCGCUCUUUGUUGCUCUCGUAUAACGCCCCAAAUUUCUAG